CUCAGAAAAGAUGCAAGUGACCUGGAGAUACAGUUGUGAGCCAAACUAUUUACAGUUCAAUUCAGCCAUUGGGGCUCUUUUGGUCACAAAACAUUCAAACAAAAUCUGUUCAACCGGAUUGAGGAGAAUGCCGUUGUCGUUGAAUAAAAAGAAAUAGCCUAGGUAUGCCUAUAUGUCGUGUUCAUCCGUGAUUCACUAAGGUUGGAUUCCAACUGUUAACCCUGUAGCAACUAGGAUGUAGUUUAAAUUGGAACAAUAUCACAACCAUCAAACAAUGCAACGUGGAAUUUGCCUCACAUUUGCGCUCACCGUCGAAACUUCCCUCUGCAACCAAUUCUGAGGAUCACUGGAGGAAUAGUCUACUUCGGCAUUUCGUAAAGGGGUCAGCGCCAUUGGAAUAUAACUUUAAACUCAGGUUAAUGCCGCAUAGGUUUCGAAAGCAGGCGUGAUGGGUAGAAUAUUAGUUUUCUACGUUAAAUAUUCAUGAUGUAUUGAUUAAAAACGGCAGACUAAGACAAGUGAUACGCUUCUCACGAGUGAAAGCACGCCUUGUUCAGGAACUCAAUGGACUGGACUGUUAUUGCUCAACGUCAUCGUCGCUCCUUACUUCAUUUCCAUCCGCUAGCUAGCACAUUUAUAAAUUAUCAACAUGGAUUAAAAGCACUCUGACUUCUGUCUUUCUCAUGGCAGAGAAAGCGCUGUGCAGUGACCAUUGGAGGCUGUAUUUCACUCUCUCUUCAGCACAGCUGGCCAGCUGCCCGUGGUUGCUUCUGACUCUGCUAACAUCGUGGACAGCCUUGUGUUCAGCAGAUCUAAAGCAGACGAGAUGGCCGUUAUUCUCCCAGAUGCCGGUCCUUCUUGCCUGGAAUGCCCCGACUCAGGAGUGUGCCCCGCGGCAUCGCGUAACUUUAUCUUUGAACCAGUUUGACAUCGUGGCAUCCCCCAACGAGGGCUUUGUCGGCCAGAACCUCACCAUCUUUUACAAGGAGCGCCUUGGCUUGUAUCCCUUUUAUCAGCAUGGAGGCACUGCAGUGAAUGGAGGCCUUCCGCAGCUCGCCAGCCUCACUCAGCACUUUAAAAAGAUGCCUGAAGGUCUGCAGAAAUAUAUACGUCGGUUAGAUGCAAAAGGCCUGGCUGUAAUCGAUUGGGAGGAGUGGCGUCCAUUGUGGAUCCGAAAUUGGGAUACUAAAGCCAUCUAUCGAAAUAAAUCUCGUGAAAUGGUGGCCAGCAAGAAUCCUAAGUGGACCCCGGAACAAGUGGAAAAAGUUGCAGAGCAAGAAUUUGAGCUGACGGCUCGCAAGUUCAUGCUGGAUACUCUUAAGUUCGCCAAGAACUCGAGGCCCAACCAACUGUGGGGCUUCUACCUGUUUCCCGACUGUUACAACCACGACUACAAGAGUGGCUUGAAGAACUACACCGGCCACUGUCCAGACAAGGAGAUCAAACGCAAUGAUCAACUGAACUGGCUGUGGACGGAAUGCACAGCCCUCUUCCCAUCGAUAUACAUUGGUUCCGGUUUGGCCUCUGCGAACGGCGGACGCCUGUUUGUCCGAAACAGGGUAAAAGAAGCAAUGCGCCUCGCAGCUGUUGGGAAGGGAUCAGCGCGGCCUGUUUUUGUUUACACCCGUCCUACUUACAUCAAUGAGAUGACCCUCCUUACUCAGACAGAUCUGGUCUCCACCAUCGGAGAGAGCGUUGCACUCGGAGCUGCGGGUGUAAUCUUCUGGGGUGACACCUCCUACGCAAGCAGCCACGCAAACUGCCACAGCCUGAAUAAUUACAUUGAGGGAGAUCUUGGCCGGUACCUCCUCAAUGUGUCCACGGCGGCAAAACAGUGCAGUCGCCUGCUGUGCAACCUCCACGGCCGCUGUCAGCGCAAAGUCCAAGACAAGGACGUGUACCUGCAUCUCAGCCCCUUGACACACAGCAUCACCAGUCAGGGUGGCCGGCUGACAGUUACAGGCGUGCCUAGCCACGCCGAGCUGGCGUUUUUCCAUACACACUUUAAGUGCCAAUGCUACAAUGGGUACAGGGGUGAGACUUGUGCUGAGAAAGAAAAAGGGCAGAAUAGAGCCUCCUCUGUCUUAGGGACCUGGCCUCUUUGCUUUUUACUCCCACUAGGACUUCUCACACUGAUACACUGAGGGGAAACUGAGAAGUCCAAAACUAUUCACUGCUUCUGCCAGUCCUGAAAAAGAUAAAUCCGACUUUUUAACAAUAGGUAGUAAUUUACAGUGCGCUAGUGAUGGUGCUAAAUGCUGAUGCGUUGUCAUCUGAGAUUAAUUUAUAUGACAUUGUGUCAGAUUUCCAUACUCCAAUGGUACUAUGGUGUAAUUGUGGAGCUUUUCCCACAGAGGAUAAAAUACAUAAUGAAAAAAAUAACACUCACGCUACAGUUUCUAUCUGUUGAUUGAUGGAGCUGUUGUGUGUUAGCCUUACGAAUGAAAUUCAUAUGCCUGCGUUGUGGCCGUGCAUUAUGCCAGAAGGUGAUCGUUUAUGAGAAAUGUAGCCUCAAAUAUCUUUGGUUUGGGCUUAAAGAAACGACACAGAAACAACUGGAAUGCCUUGGUUAGAAAUGGUGCCUUAGAUGCGCUGUGACUACAAAGUGCUCUUUUUCGUGGGUGCCUUAUUUUUAAACAACUUUUGACUAUUGAGGUUUUAACAGCAGUUGUUUGUCUCAGCCCACUGCUGGUACCAGUGCUUUAUAUUGACCCGUUUGAUUCAUAGAGGAAAAGCAAGGUACAGAAGAAUGGGUGUACCGACCAUAAAUAGACUUCCAUAGCGUCUUUCGUCCAGUCAACGUGGUUUACACACAUUCAAACACCAAUGACAGGCUCAUCUGGAUUCUGUCUCACACUCUCUCUCUCUCACACACACACACACCAAUGGUACUGAAUUCCCAGACUGCACAAAAUGUGGAGUUCGGCCUCUCGCGCCAAAACAUUUCAACCUGCGGACUCUAGGAGCCAGGUAUCCAACAGUCCUCCGAUUAGUGGAGAAUCUGCUUUAUCUUCUGGGUGGCUCCCAAAAAUGUGACUUAUUUAUCUUGCAAAUUGUGUUGUUUUAAUUAACAUGGUUAAAAAGGCAAGAUUUCAACAUCCUGGGAAUGUCAGAACAAGGAACCUGCUGUACUGGCAGAUACUGUCCGAUUUCCCAAAGAAGUACAGCAGGAUGUACACAAUUAGAUUCCAACUCUUCAUGGCAAAUGUACGAUUGUUUUUAUAUAUAAUUGUAUUGCUGCAUUUGUGGCUAACUGUCAAGACUUAUUUUUUUAUAUAAAUACCAAAAUUAUUAAAAUCUGUUAUACAUUUUUUCAUUCACUUCAUGCAAUGUAUGGGAUCUGUUCGUUUGUGUUUACGAUUAAAGAAUUUGGCUGCUAUGAGAUUCCUAUGCCAGAUUUGCUUUGAACUCUCAAAUAUCCAUUAUUAUUAGCCUCAGAAAACCAGCAUUGCUCUGGUAUUAUACACAUUUUUUUUUCAUUUUGUGGGUCGCUGGCUUGUGAGCAACUAACGUAGGUAAAUCUUCCAAAUAGUUCUUUGACAAAAAUAAAUAUAUUUUUCAGUUCCAUAUUUAUACUGUAGGUUCUGUAUUUAUUCUCUUUGGCACUGCUCAGAAAAGUAUUAAACUACCCAAAGUUAGUUAUGUUUGUUAUGAACUGAAAAAUUGAGCAUUUUACAAAUAGUGUUGAGAUAAAAUGUUUUAAUUAUGCUGCAAUCUUUUUUUGAUCCUGCACUUUAACUUCUUUUGUUGAGGUGGCUCCAGCUUUUGUUCAUGUUUGAGAUUUGUUUGACUGUGAAUUUUUUUUUCUAAAAGAAGUGCUUCUGAAAUCAAUGGCUUCCUCGAAGGUAAACUGAUACCAAUUGUAAAACUAUGAAUCUAGAAUUUACGUAAUCUUAGAAUUUACUUUUGUACCACUCCUCUGUUUUAGAGGCAUCUUUCAUGUUCAUUAUCUUGCAAGCCUUUUUUUGUCCAAAACAUAUUCAUUGUUAUUAUUUGAAACUAAAGCUGUAAACAUGUAAAGGUUUUGUAUUCCCUUUUACAUUAGAUAAUUUAAUUCUUUUAAAAUGAAUUUAAAUAUAGUUUUUCUGAUUCUGGUAUUUUCUAGAGACUAAUAGUCUCCUGAGAUUUAAUUCAUUCAACGUGGCGUGUUUCCACUUUGUGCUAAAAUAUUGUAAAAACUGGAAAUGGAUGUGGUCAAAUAUACUUCUGACUUACUGAUUAAA